AAUCCAAACUAAUCCAAAAAGAAAACUCAAAGGGAAAGAAAAGAAAAAUAAGCAAAACGAAAAGCAAAUUCUCUUCCUCAAAUUUCAACGCCUUCUCUACGUGUCUUCAUCACACGUGCUCUCUCAUUCAAUAUCCUUUGCUCCUCACAUUUUUGCUUCUUAAUUCACCCACGAAGAUUCCGAUUCAGAUUCCGGUCAAUUCUCGCCGGUAAAUCCCUCAGACACCGGCGAAUUUCAUCUUCCCUCGAUCGCAAUGAAUCCCGAGUAUGACUACCUCUUUAAGCUUUUGCUCAUUGGUGAUUCUGGCGUUGGGAAAUCAUGUCUUCUUCUGAGGUUUGCCGACGACACAUAUCUGGAAAGUUACAUAAGCACCAUUGGAGUUGAUUUUAAAAUCCGGACAGUAGAGCAAGAUGGGAAGACUAUAAAACUUCAGAUUUGGGAUACAGCUGGACAAGAACGGUUCAGGACCAUCACUAGCAGCUACUAUCGUGGAGCCCAUGGCAUAAUAGUUGUGUAUGAUGUGACAGAUCAAGAGAGCUUCAAUAAUGUAAAACAGUGGCUGAGUGAAAUUGAUCGUUAUGCUAGUGACAAUGUUAACAAAAUUCUUGUCGGGAACAAGUCUGACCUUACUGCAAAUAGAGUUGUCUCAUAUGAAACAGCUAAGGCAUUUGCUGAUGAAAUUGGUAUUCCAUUCUUGGAGACCAGUGCUAAAGAUGCUACGAAUGUAGAACAGGCUUUCAUGGCUAUGACUUCUGCUAUCAAAAAUAGGAUGGCAAGCCAACCAGCCAAUAAUUCCGCUAAGCCUCCAACCGUGAAUAUCCGUGGACAGCCGGUGACACAGAGUGGUGGCUGUUGCUCAUCUUAGAGUACAAAAAAUUGUUUGCUACUGUAAUAUUUGCUUUGCUGUCUCGUCCUUGUCAUGUCUAUUGUGGUCUGAUUAAACAUUGGUAAAGUUUUCUUUUGUUGCAAUAUAUUUUUUUACUACCUUUAUGUUUGUGGAAUAGUUUGUAAUUGUGAACAUGUCAAUAUUAGUAUUAUUUGCCGAAGUUCCUGUGUUA